AUGGGCCCUACAAAGCAGACUGGCCACAAAUCCAUCAGGGGUAAAGUGCCCAGGCUACAACUGGCUACAAAAGUCGCUCUCAAGAGUGCGCCCUCUACUGGAGAGGUAGAGAAUCCUCAUCGUUACAGGCCCAUGGCACUCCGUGAAAUCAAGCCCUAUCAGAAGCCCACUGAACUUCUGAUUCGCAAGCUCCCCUUUCAGCGUCUGGUGCGAGAAAUUGCUCAGAACUUCAAAACAGAUCUGCGCUUCUAG